AUGGCGAUAUCCGGUAACAAUGUGUUCAUGCGGGGCGUGGUGGAGCGUGGGCCACAUUCAGGUGCGUGUGGAAGAAAGAAGAAGGGCGACUUGCUGUUGCCCCAGCUGGUGGGGAUGCUGCGGGACGUGGCAUGCGGCAUGCGGCACCUGUCCCGCGUGGGCUACGUGCACCGAGACCUGGCCGCCCGCAACGUGCUCGUCAGCGGCGAGCUCACGUGCAAGGUGUCCGAUUUCGGACUCUCGCGGAUGCUUCUGCCGGACGACCACUCCGAGGCGGUGUACACCACCCGGGUAAAGGGGGGGAAGAUCCCCAUCCGCUGGACCGCCCCGGAGGCGAUUUCCCAGCUCAGGUUCACGUCGGCAAGCGACGUGUGGAGCUACGGCGUCGUCAUGUGGGAGGUGAUGACACACGGCGAGCGGCCAUACUGGGACAUGAGCAACCGGGACGUGCUGGAGGCAGUGGAAGGUGGCUGGCGACUGCCACGUCCCAUGGGAUGCCCCAUGUGUCUCCGUCGCCUCAUGCUGAGCUACUGGCACGCGGAGAGCUCCUGCAGGCCCUCGUUCACCCAGCUCGUCACCGCCGUCACCGACGCGCCGCACUACAGUUUCUCGUCCGCGGUGGCGGUGGCCUCCACACGCCGCGGCGACUUCUCAACGUCGACGACGCCGCCGCCGAUUCUUCCACCACCUCCUCCCACUGCGUCUUAG